AUGAAUUCGGCGGAGCAAACGGUGACAUGGCUCAUUACGCUCGGCGUGCUGGAGUCGCCCAAGAAGAGCAUCGCGGACCCCGAGGCUUUCCUGCACAGCUCCCUCAAGGAUGGUGUGGUGCUCUGCAGGCUCCUGGAGCGCCUCAGCCCCGGAUCCACGGAGAAAAUUUACCAAGAACCGAAGAACGACGGCGAGUGUCUGAGCAACAUAAAGGAGUUUGUCAAGGGCUGCACGUCUUUCCGCGUCGAGCCAUUUGAAGCCACUGACCUGCUGCUUGGCCUAAAUUUCUCAAAGGUGCUGAGUACUCUCGUGGCUCUGAAUAAAGUGACAGCAGAUAUUGGCGUGGGCAGUGAUUCUGUGUGUGCCCGACAUUCUUCCGCCCACCGUAUUAAGUCUUUCGAGUCUCUGGCCUCCCAGGCUUCAUUGGGUCGAUCCUCCAAGCUGUUACAGAACCAGUUUCGCAGUCUGGACAUGUCAGAGAACUGCGGGCAGCAGCUGCUGGUAAAGGCGCGUUUCAACUUCCUGCAAACCAAUGAGGAUGAGCUCACCUUUAAUAAGGGUGACAUCAUCAGCGUGACUCGUCAAGAGGAUGGAGGCUGGUGGGAGGGGACCCUCAACGGCAAGACUGGAUGGUUUCCUAGCAACUACGUCCGUGAAGCCAAAGGCUCUGGUGGGUUUCACAAACAAGUCUCACCGAAGUCCGGUACCCUCAAAAGUCCGCCUAAAGGCUUCGACACAUCUGCCAUAAGCAAGACAUACUAUAACUUGGUGUUGCAGAACAUUUUAGAAACAGAGACAGAAUAUUCUAAGGACCUCCAGAGCCUCCUCGCAAAUUACCUGCGUCCUCUUCAGACCUUUGAAAAGGUGAGCAGCGCUGAUGUAUCUCUUAUCCUGGGAAAUCUGGAAGAAAUCAGCACGUUUCAACAGAUGCUUGUCCAAUCACUGGAGGAAUGCACCAAGCUUCCCGAGAGUCAGCAAAGGGUGGGAGGCUUCUUCCUCAACCUUAUGCCGCAAAUGAAGGCUCUUUACGUGGCGUACUGCUCAAACCAUCCCUGUGCAGUUAAUGUGCUUACGCAACACAGUGAGGCACUCGGGGAAUUCAUGGAGGGCAGAGGGGCUGUCACCCCGGGGAUCCUCACCCUCACCACGGGCCUUAGUAAGCCUUUCAUGAGGCUUGACAAAUACCCCACCCUGCUCAAGGAGCUAGAGCGCCACAUGGAGGAGAGUCACCCUGACAGAAGUGACAUCCAUAAGUGCAUGGCUACUUUCAAAAAUCUAUCUGCACAGUGCCAGGAGGUGCGGAAGCGUAAGGAGCUGGAGCUGCAGAUCCUGACUGAAUCCAUCCGGUUGUGGGAGGGUGACGACAUCAAGACGCUGGGCUCGGUGCUGUACAUGAGUCAGGUCCUGGUGCACACUCCUGUAGCAGAGGAAAAGAGUGAGCGUUACAUCAUGCUUUUCCCACAUGUCCUACUCAUGUUGUCGGCCAGCCCCAGGAUGAGCGGCUUCAUAUUCCAGGGUAAACUGCCUUUAGCUAGCAUGUCGGUGGGCAAGCUCGAAGAUUGCGAAGCCCACAAAAAUGCAUUUGAGCUCAGCGGCCCCAUGUUUGAGCGACUUCAGGUGUCGUGCACCAACCAGCAGGAUCUGCAGGACUGGGUGGAGCAUCUAACUCGGCAGAUCAAGCACACUGCAGCCACGGCGCCGAGCCACAAACCUCUUACUGUUCCCUGCCACACUCUUCCAUCUCAUCCCGUCACUCCGUCCCGGCACGCAGAAGGCAGGGCCAUGACAGUGGCCCCCACCUACCACACCUUGCCCCAUCCUUCCUCCCAUGGGACAUCCCACAGUACUAUGAUGUGGGGCCCCCUGGAACCUCCCAACACCCCCAAACCUUGGAGCUUAAGCUGCCUGCGGCCUGCACCCCCUCUACGACCCUCUGCAGCCCUCUGCUAUAAGGAGGAUCUAAGUAAAAGUCCCAAGAGUGUCAAGAAACUCCUUCCUAAGCGCAAACCAGAGAGGAAACAGUCUGAGGAGGAGUUUGCCUUGAGAAAGAGCACUGCUGCUCUGGAAGAAGAUGCCCAGAUCUUAAAAGUCAUUGAAGCCUACUGCACCAGUGCCAAAACCAGGCAGACCCUCAACUCCACCUGGCAGGGCACUGACUUGAUGCACAACCACGUGCUGGCCGACGCGGAUCGGCCCUCCACCGACUCCCCGGGCCGCCGCAGCAGCGUGUCACGGCCGGAGUUGAGCUCCGACCUUUCGGAGGACUCUGACUACGACUCUAUUUGGACCAGCCACUCUUACCGAAUGGGCUCGGUGCCGCGAUCAAGGAGGGAAACGGGGCUGCAUAUGAUCAUUCCUGGCGAGGAGAAAGUCCUCUUCGAUGACUCCAAUCGCAACGGACAGAAUGCAGUGGAAGAGAAGAGCCUUGUGGACGUAGUGUACGCCAUGAGGGAUGAGGUACAAGAACUUAAGCAGGACAACAAGAAGAUGAAAAGGUCACUCGAAGAGGAGCAGAGGGCCCGCAAAGAUUUGGAGAAGGUCGUCAGGAGGGUUUUGAAGAGCAUGAACGACCCCACGUGGGAUGAAACCAACCUGUGA